AUGGCUACCAGAAACAGGCAGGCGCCAAAGUUGCAAAAGCAGGCAUUCCCAAAUGUCACCAGAAAUCCAGAUUUUGGGUAUGGAGGAGCUCAAAGUGCCAAAUACACGGCAAACUCGGGAAUAUCAGACCGCCGUAACAGCACGAAAUUGUACCUCUUGGGGUUGCCAUGCCCCGGACGCUUUGUCAAAUCCAUCCUAUUGGAUAUUCAACCAGAAGAUAAGCAAAAGACCAAAAAAGCGAAAGUGAAUUUCGUGACGACUGAGAUUAGGUUUACGGGACUGCUCAUCGAUAAAGCUGAGCUGUGGUCAACCAACAUCAAUCGUCUGCUCGCUGCAUUUGAAGAAUCUUUUCGGUGCGUGCCUUCACUUAAAGGAGUUGCUCAGAUGCGAGUCACUUUGGGCUCGUUCUCUUUUGAGCAGUAUCGUUAUCCAAAGAAUCCUCAGAAUGGCUACUCAUUUGACGAAUUUAAUGAGAUGCUGUCCCAGCCAAUGACUAGAGGCCGUAUCACUUCGGGACUUUCGCUCGAUCAAUUGCUUAACCAGAUAAGGCAAGCAAAUGAGAUGUUCGUACUUGAAAACGAUCAAAGCGCAAUUUCAACAGCUCGUCGUUCAGUAAAGGUGGAAUUCCCACCAAAAGACAACGAAUUGAUUCACUUAGAGGUCGAUUUCCGAGCAUCCGAAGGGCAUUAUGAAAAGGUGAAUUCUCGCUGGGUGAGAUCUGAUCUGGGUAGAUCAACAGCUGGGAACCGACCACUACUUCAAGCAGUCAUGCUGAACCCGGAGAGAGCUGAUCUUGAAUUCAAGAUCCAAGAAAAAACAAUACUGGACCCUGGUCAACUUGAUCAAUCUAUGCGUGAUAUACUAGAAGGUAUUCGAUUCAGGCCAUCCGAAAAUGACACUGUCGACUUUUCUUUUCUAGCACCGGCCAAACGGCAUUCGAAGCUUCCUAUCGGCGCAAAAAUCUUCCGUCUUGUAGAAAAGGCCACGGUGCAAUAUCAAGUCAGAAAUACAGACUACUUUUUAGAAAUCGCUCGCUAUGAUAUCUACUAUCCAAAGCCAAGUCGGGCACGCCAGGCUGCAGACUCUACUUCGUACCUAGAGUUCAACCCUCCCACAUCCUUCAGCGAAGUUGUUCUGUAUGGUCAAAGUUGGGACAAUGCUACGAAGGCCUUCGGCAGGAUACAAGGCACGGAAAGCUUCGAUUUGAAUUCCGCUCUUUAUGCUCUUUUCAAACCCGAGGGGCGAGAGACGCCGAGAGACGCCUUCGAACGAUUUAUCCUGAUUGCCACAAAUGUGGCAGGGCUCUGGAAUCCUGCUGGCUCACGACCUAUGGAAUCCAUUCCCCGACCAUCAUCCACAUCCCGUACAACCAAAAUGUCUGUUAAUGAAGGGUUUUUGAUCGAUCUGGACUAG